UUGUCGUCCUACCCCGCCGUCAUACCAGAGGGACAUGAUGAACAAACAGAAUACCAACCAGGGGGCGGGGCAGGGGUGCACGUGGUGGGGGUGCACGUUGUGGGGAUGCGCGUGGCUGUUGCUGAUGAUGGCGGUGGCGGUGAUGGGCACGACAGAAAGUCUGACUACCCAUGAAACUGACGACAGUGUCCCCUCUAUAUUUCAAGUGUUUAGUAAGAUGAUCCAGGAUAUCAGUGAUGCCGUUUCACAAAAGCCCCACGUUUCAACUACCGUUACAGCCAUUCUGAAUAAAGUUAAGUCCGCUUUCGAUGACGCCCAAUUUGCCACGUUACGCGCGGGCUGGUUCCUGCAGUGUAUCGACAUGUGUCUCCACGGUGACGUGGACGACCAUGGCGCCUUCUCGAACCUCUUCAGCGUCAACAAUAACGUCACCGUCGAGGCGCUGUUCAAGUGCAAUCACUUCUGUGUCGACGCCGGGCCUAACUUUAACAACAAGAACCACUCGCCAGACCACAUCAUAGUCGGGCGGUGAUGACGUCACGCACGUACUUGGAUUAAAGGCAGCUAUGUUACGCACAAGCACAUGUAAUAUUUCAUGUAAAUAUAUCAGUUAUUUGGAAACUA